GUCGACACUCCCAUUACCCAAUUGACUGCACAACACCGAGAACUAUUAGGCAACGACAUGUUUACGACCUUGGUCUAUGUGCAAGCGGCUCUCGAAGAACAUCGUCGUAUUGUGGCUGCAGAAGAGCCCAAAAUUUUGAUGCACACCAGCAACUGCCAAGAUCCAGUAGGCUGUAAUGAGGACUGGCAUGCUAUCUGGUGGAAUGGCAUGGCUCGUUUCCUUCUCGAUGGACGAAACCCACAACCAUAUCGUGAAGCUGUCAAAUGCUUUAAAGAUUUGCAGUUCGGGCGUGUUAGUGGAGGGUGCAAGGAGCUUAUGUUCAAGAUUAUUGGGGAGGGAGCAGCAUUCAAUCACGCUGAUCAAUUCGUCGAUGAAGCUUGUAACUGCCUUGCAGAUAAAUUGAUUUUCGAACCUUCACUAGAAGCAUAG